AUGCUCCCGCAUUGUCAAGGCCCCAUCUGGGCUAUUGACGACCUGUCUCGUUGCUUCCAACGCAGCAUUCUUCAGGUCGUACUUCCCCUCACCGUCUGCAGCGCUUCGCUGCUGCUGAUCCUCAUUCGCCUCGCUCAUCGACAUAUCCUCACCCGAAAAGGUGUCGCUUACAAAGUCCUCCCCACCAGUGACUCCGAAGAUGAUGUCCCCAGCGCGACGCAGGAAAACGAGUCCGAUACAAUUCUGUCCCAAGCUAUACAACACGAACAAUCCCAGGUCGAGGUCGAUCGCCCGCGUGGAGAGAUAGCUGUUGUAUUACUCGAAAUUGCAGCUUUAAUUGGACAGCUUGUGGUAUAUAUCGUCAUUUUGUUGACUCAUGCCUGGGGCCGACAUGGAACCCUUCCCGCCGUGGCUGGGCUUGUAUCGUGGGGCUAUAUUCUUUUCUUGGUGCUGGUCCGGUUCCUCCUAUCGAGCAUGGAUCUUUUCUCCGCGCCGAGACUAUGGACACAUACAGCAUUCCUAUACGGCUUCCAGUGGCUGUUCAACAUCAUGGUCUUCCGAUCUACCAUUAUCUAUCCCUUGUCCCAACACGCCCUGAUUCUCAGCAGUAUUCAGUUCGCUUUGGGUACGGUGCUGCUGAUCAUCGCACUCACCACUCGCCGAGGCAAUAAGCCAGUUCUGGUUGAGCACGAAGAUGGAUUAGAGCCUCCGACGCAUCCCAUGGCUAGUUUGUUCUCUCUUGCCACAUUUGCCUGGCUCGACCCUUUGGUCAUGAAGGGCUAUCGCCAACCCCUGGAGCUUCAGGAUGUUUGGAACCUGACUCCCUCUCAGAAGGCUGCGAACGUGCUUGCGGAAUUCCGCAAGAGACAGAUGAAAGGCUCUUUGGCAUGGAAGCUGAUUCGAUUCUUCAUGGGGACGAUUCUAAAGCAGGGUGCCUGGACAGUCUUCGCCAAUCUAUUCGUUUUCAUGCCUAGUCUACUUCUCAAGGCUAUCCUCGAGUACGUCGAAGACCCUCGGUCGACCACGCCCAAUGCGGCUUGGUUGUUCGCCAUUCUUCUUUUCUGUUGCGCCACAGUCCAGGGUGUGGCAGAUGGACAGUCCUUGUUCAUUGGUCGCAAGAUGGGUGUGAAAAUCCGUGCGAUCAUCAUUGGUGAAAUCUAUGCCAAAGCUCUUCGCCGCAAGGCAGGCGCUUCGGUGGAGGCUCCCCAGAAAGACGUAGAAGACUCAGUUUUGCCUAAGGAUAAGAAGAGAAAGCUCUUUUCCUUUGGUCGCAAGAAGAAGGCCGCGGAUGGAAAUGAUACUGAGACUGGCAAAAAGCCAGACCCUAUAGCGGAGGAACCCAGUCAAGCCAACGUCGGCACAAUCAUCAACUUGAUGGCAAUUGAUUCGUUCAAGGUGAGCGAGGUUGGCGCCUAUCUCCACUUCCUGUGGGCUAGCGUGCCAGUACAGAUCUCAAUGGCGAUUAUUCUGCUCUACCACAUCAUGGGUUUCAGCUCAUUUGCUGGUAUCGCCCUGAUGGCUCUAAUGCUGCCUAUCAACCUUUUCAUUGCCCGCAAGUUCAACAAGGUCCAGAACCAGAUUUUGAAGGGCACUGAUGCCCGUAUUCAUGCCACUAACGAAGUCCUUCAAAACAUCCGCAUCAUCAAGUACUUUGCCUGGGAACAGCGAUUCGAAGACAUUGUCGGCGAGAAGCGCAGAGGAGAACUAAAAGCCCUGCGCAGGAGAUAUAUCCUCUGGUCCUGUGCUGCAACCGUCUGGUAUGGCACGCCUAUUCUCAUCACGUUCUUGUCCUUCUUCUUGUAUACUGUGGUUGAAAAGAAACAAUUGACACCGUCUAUCGCUUUCCCUGCCUUGUCCAUGUUCUCCUUGCUGCGUGUGCCCUUGGACCAGCUCGCAGAUAUGGUGGCCCACGUUCAGGAAUGUAAGGUUUCCCUAGACCGUGUGGACAAGUACCUCAACGAGGAGGAGACGGGCAAAUACGAUCAAAUCAUUGAUAGUACUGCCGCAGGAACACCUGCCAAGAUUGGUCUUGAAAAGGCAACACUAUCCUGGAGCACCUCCACUGCCGAGCCCCAAGGUACCGAGUCCGAUGCCGAUCUGGAAGCUUUCCGUUUAAUCAAUGUGGACGUCGAAUUCAUUAUCGGCAAGCUUAAUAUCAUUGCUGGCCCCACUGGAUCUGGAAAGACGUCCCUUCUCAUGGCUAUGCUUGGAGAAAUGAAACUGCUCGAGGGUCGUGUCCAUCUCCCUGGUGGAAUGUCCAGCCGGGCAGACCUCCCAGUGGACCCUGAAACUGGCUUGGUUGACAGCAUUUCUUACUGUGCCCAGGAAGCGUGGUUGGUCAAUGAUACCGUAAAGGAAAAUAUCAUCUUCGCUUCUCCCUAUGACGAGCGUCGCUACCGCUCAGUGCUGAAGGCAUGCGCUCUGGAACGUGACAUUGCUAUCCUUGAUGCUGGUGAUCAAACUCUUGUUGGUGAGAAGGGAAUUAGUUUGUCUGGUGGCCAGAAGCAGCGAAUCUCCCUUGCCCGCGCUAUCUACAGCAGUGGUCGCCACUUGCUGCUAGAUGACUGUCUCUCUGCUGUGGACUCCCAUACCGCUAAGCACAUCUUCCGCCAAGCUCUUACUGGUCCUCUGAUGUUGAACCGCACAUGUAUUUUGGUAACACAUAACGUUGCUUUGACUGUUCCUGAAUCGGAUCAUGUUGUGAUACUUGAGAACGGCAGAAUUACCGCCCAGGGCCGUCCCAGCGAUGUUGCUGCUACUGGUGCAUUGGGCGAAGAGUUCCUCAAGUCUAGACCCGAUUCCCGCGCCAGCUCUCGUAGACUCUCUCGUGCCCCGUCGGAUCAUGAAGCAGAGGACGAAGAUCUAAAUGGCACCGCGAAUGGAAAGGCCCAAGAGGAAAAGGCCAAGCUCUCUGAAUCCAAAGCUACCGGUAGUGUCAAGUGGUCGACUGUCAGCAUGUACCUCCGCGCCAUGGGUCCGUGGUACUAUUGGAUUGUUGCUGUUCUAGUAUUCUGCCUGCAGCAAUUGGGUUCUGUUUCGACAAACCUCUGGAUCAGACAGUGGGCAAACUCUUACCAUACCUCCAAGGCUGGGUCUGAGGAUGCCGGCCAGUACGCCAUGGUGGCCCACAUCAAGUCCCCCACUUUCAACGAUGGAAGUGUUGGGCAUGUGAGCAGCUGGAGUCUGCCUCAACUUGGCGCAAAUUCUACGAGAGAGGCUGAUGGCGAGGUGAACGUGGCAUAUUACUUAGGUGUCUACGCACUCCUGGGAUUCCUCUACAUCGCAAUCUCUUUGUCUCGGGAAGCUGUUCUGUUCUGGGGUUCGCUCCAUGCAUCAUGGAAGAUUCAUGAUCGCCUUCUCAGGGCUGUCAUGCACGCCAAGUUCCGAUUCUUUGACUCCACGCCUCUUGGACAACUGAUGAACCGGUUCUCCAAGGAUAUUGAGUCCGUUGACCAGGAAGUCGCACCUGUUGCUAUCGGCAUGCUCCACAGUCUGGCAUCUGUGAUUAUGAUUGUCAUUCUGAUCUCGUGGAUCACGCCAGGAUUCCUCAUUGCUGGUGUGUUCAUCACACUGGUGUAUACUGCUCUCGGUGCCGUCUAUUUGAACUCUUCCCGAGACCUCAAGCGUCUGGAAUCUGUGCAGCGCAGUCCGCUGUACCAGCAGUUCGGUGAGACCCUGAACGGUAUUGUUACUAUUCGUGCCUAUGGCGAUGGCCCUCGUUUUAUGGUCGACAACCACCGCCGUAUCAAUGCCUACAACCGACCACACAUCUACCUUUGGGCUAGCAACCGCUGGCUCGCUCUCCGUGUCGAUUGGACCGGUGCUCUUGUCGCCUUCUUCUCCGCCACAUUUGUAUUGCUGAACGUUGAUACGAUCGAUGCAGGUGCCGCUGGUCUUUCACUCACCUACGCCGUCACAUUCACAGAGAACGUCCUCUGGCUUGUGCGUCUGUACUCCGAGGUCCAGCAAAACAUGAACUCGGUCGAGCGUGUACGAGAAUAUCUCGAGGUGGACCAGGAAGCGGCUUCUGUUAUCGAAGAAUCACGACCUGAGUCCGAUUGGCCCAGUCAAGGUGCCGUUGAGUUCGUUAAAUACAGUACGCGGUACCGGCCCGAUCUAGACCCAGUUCUCAAGGAGGUUUCAUUCUCUAUCAAGGCUGGCGAGAAGGUCGGCAUUGUGGGUCGCACAGGUGCUGGCAAGAGUUCUCUCGCGUUGGCUCUCUUCCGCGGUCUCGAAGCAGAGGCAGGUCAGAUCAUCAUCGACGGCGUUGACAUCGGGUCAAUCGGACUACGGGACCUGCGCGAGGCAAUCACCAUUGUCCCCCAGGAUCCGACCCUUUUCACCGGAACGCUCCGCAGCAACCUCGAUCCAUUCGGUCUCUUCAGUGACGAGCAGAUUUUCACAGCCCUCCGUCGCGUGCACCUAAUCGGCUCCAGCGUCUCAGGCACCGUAACCCCCACAACCUCAAGCACCCUCACCGCGACAGAAAUCAACGGCAACACCAACGGUGUGAGCAGCAGCGCAGCAACAGUAGUUGACAAUAAAAACAUCUUCAACAACCUCGACAGCCAAGUCUCCGAGUCCGGCUCCAACCUCUCCCAAGGCCAGCGCCAGCUCCUCUGCCUCGCCCGAGCCCUGCUGAAGAACCCCCGCGUCUUGAUGAUGGACGAAGCAACCGCAUCCAUCGACUACGCCACCGACGCCAAGAUCCAAGAGACUCUCCGCGAACUGAGCGAUAGCACAAUCAUCACGAUCGCGCACCGUCUGCAGACCAUCAUCGACUACGACAAGGUCCUCGUCCUCGACCACGGCCGCGUCAUCGAGUACGACCACCCCUGGACUCUCAUCAACAAAGAAGACGGUCUCUUCCGCGGCAUGUGCGAAAACAGCGGACAGAUGGAUAUUCUUCUCGAUGGAGCUCAGCGCGCCUGGACCCAGAAGCGUCUUGUUGAUGAUUCUUAA